CAACCCCUCUACUCAAUUAAAGGCUCUGCUGCAGCUGUGGCGCCGCUCCUCCCAGGAUGGCUGCCUUUGCUGUAAACAAGCCCGGAGCCGGAGUAGACAGUGGGCGGCAGGGCAGCCGGGGGACGGCUGUGGUGAAGGUUCUGGAGUGUGGGGUUUGUGAAGAUGUCUUCUCUUUGCAAGGAGAUAAAGUUCCUCGCCUCCUUCUUUGUGGCCACACAGUCUGUCAUGACUGUCUCACUCGCUUGCCUCUGCAUGGAAGAGCAAUACGUUGCCCGUUUGAUCGACAAGUAACAGACCUGGGAGAUUCAGGAGUCUGGGGUCUGAAAAAAAACUUUGCUUUACUGGAGCUUUUAGAGCGAUUGCAAAAUGGACAUAUUGGUCAGUAUGGAGCUGCAGAGGAAGCCAUUGGGAUAUCUGGAGAGGUACUGAGAGGACUUGUUGAAAUACUCCUUACAAGAAGAUUUUUAAAGACUAAAACACUUUCCAAUAUGUUAACACACCUGACUGAAGAUGCUUUGGUAACAUUAGGAAAAGAAGAGUUCCAAAAAUUGAGAUGUGAUCUUGAAAUGGUACUAUCUACUAUUCAAUCAAAGAAUGAAAAGUUAAAGGAAGACUUAGAAAGGGAGCAACAGUGGUUGGAUGAACAACAGCAAAUACUGGAAACUCUGAAUGUAUUACACAGUGAUUUAAAAAAUCAGGUUGUGACAUUUUCUGAAUCAAGAAUAUUUAAUGAGUUAAAAGCUAAGAUGCUUAGUAUGAAAGAAUUUAAGGAGAAGCUCCUGGUUACCUUGGGUGAGUUUUUAGAAGAUCAUUUUCCUCUGCCUGAUGGAAAUACUAAAAAGAAAAGGAAAAACAUUCAGGAAUCGAAUGCACAGCUGAUAACACUGAAUGAAAUGUUAGAGAUUCUUAUAAAUAGAAUGUUUGAUGUUCCACAUGAUCCAUAUGUUAAAAUUAGUGAUUCCUUUUGGCCACCAUAUAUUGAGCUGCUUCUGCGUUACGGAAUUGCUUUGAGACAUCCAGAGGAUCCAACUCGAAUAAGAUUAGAAGCUUUCCAUCAAUGAAAUGAUGGUCUGUUUUCACAGUUUGGAAUCGUGACAUUCUUGGAUAAAGAA